UUAUCAGAUGACAGAUUGAUAAAUGAAUUUGGUAGAACAGCUAAAAACGCUGGUAGGAUCAUCCUUGGUGGUGAUGUUUGUAAACAUAAACUUGCUAAUGAAAUGUUCUAUGUAAGUGAAGAAGAAUAUGCUAUGUGUAUCAACACUGGUCAAAAAUGUGAUGGAUAUAAUUCUGGUGCUACACCCAAUAAAGCAAUUGAUUGGAGAAAGAUUAAAAUGUAUUUGAAGAGUGUUAAAGUUAGUCCCAUUUUAUAUAUCAAUUGA